AGAAUUUUAAUUGCCGACGGCGGACAAUGCCCGCACCCAUGUUGACCGUUCUCUGCACUCGCCCCUUCAAGUACAGCGCUCUUGACAUGUCUCUCCUCUCCUGUCCUCCUUUCCUCUUCACCACCACUAUCACCCUUUCCCCAUCCUUGUCCGACCAUGGCUGCCUCUGAUGAGCCCGAUCGCGGCACUCACACUCCUUUACCAGACGAGUUCGAGCAUCCUAGGCCAAAUUUCGGUGUCGAAACCCCUCGCGACUCGACCUACUCCACAUCAUCGACCCCGAACAAUUCCUCACCACUUAUUUCUCAACAGAAAUACGAAGGCGAGGAUGAUGAGACCAGGAAAGAGGGGAAGCCUGGAAAACGACGUCCUCUAAUACUCGCCUUGAUCGCCUUCAGCGUGCUCGCGAUCGUCGUUUUGGCGGUCGUUCUACCUGUUUAUUUCGUCGUGGUCAAGCAAAAUCAGAAAAAUAACAAUGCAGCUUCAACUAGCGGGUCACAUUCUGGGGAUGCAGGAAGCGGAACUGUUGGAGGUGGAAAGGGCAACCCCCAAAGCCCUUCUGGCGCAACAUCGGGAGGCGAUGGGUCAAAGAUUGUUACGGAAGACGGCGAGACAUUCAUAUACAACAACAAGUUUGGCGGUUUUUGGGUUUACGAUCCGCUCGAUCCGUAUAACAACAACGCUCGCCCAAACUCUUGGACACCUCCUCUGAACCAAACUUGGGAUUUCUCGAGGGAUCGCAUAUAUGGCGUCAACCUCGGUGGCCUUUUUGUGAUCGAGCCUUUCAUCGUUCCCAGAUUUUUCGAGAAAUACCCAAACGCAGUGGAUGAAUAUACACUCAGUCAAGCUAUGGCUGCAGACACCGCCAGUGGUGGUGGUCUAUCUCAGCUUGAAGAACAUUACAAGACAUUCGUUACUGAGAAAGACAUCGCGGAGAUUGCAGGCGCAGGGUUGAAUUGGAUUAGGCUCCCAGUGCCAUUUUGGGCUAUUGAUACAUGGCCAGGCGAACCAUUCUUGGCUAAGACAUCUUGGAAAUAUAUUCUACGACUUCUCGGCUGGGCGAGGAAAUACGGAUUACGAGUAAAUCUUGAUUUACAUACCAUUCCCGGUUCUCAGAAUGGGUACAACCACUCUGGGAAAGGUGGUCAGAUCAACUUUCUCAAUGGCGUCAUGGGUAUCGCAAAUGCCCAACGUGCUUUGAACUACAUUCGUAUAUUUACCGAAUUCAUUUCCCAACCUGAAUACAACAAUCUUGUGCCCAUGUUUGGUAUUAUCAAUGAAGCGCUGGUGGCUACCAUCGGCAAAGAUGUCAUGACUAGUUUCUACCUCGAGGCUCACAACAUGAUGCGCUCGAUUACUGGAUUCGGCCAGGGCAAAGGACCAUACAUAUCCAUUCACGAUGGCUUCACGGACAUCAGCUCUUGGAGUGGCUUUCUUACCGGUGCAGACCGGUUCAUCCUGGACACCCACCCGUACUUCUCCUUUGGUGGUGGGUUAAAUGUUGAUCCUAUCGCUACUGGAACGGGCAUUGAUGCUGGAGGAAUCUGGCCUGGCCAGGCAUGUAAUGCAUGGGGCCCUUCAGUGAAUAAGAGUCGAUCCGGUUUCGGGGUCACGGUUGCGGGAGAAUUCAGUAACGGCUACAACGACUGCGGGCUCUUUUUGAAGGGCGUCCCAGGCGGCCACACGUAUGGUGGUGAUUGUGGGGUGUUCCAGGAUUCUUCGAACUGGAACGACACUCUUAAAGCUGGUAUAAAGGCUUUCGCCAUGGCUAGUAUGGACGCUACCCAGGACUGGUUCUUCUGGACGUGGAAGAUUGGCAACUCCUCGGCAAACAAUCGCGUCGAGGCUCCUCUUUGGUCUUACCAGCUCGGAUACCAGAAUGGUUGGAUGCCUAUUGAUCCCCGAGAGGCUAACGGAUAUUGCGGGAAACUCGGUGUCAAUGAACCUUUCAAUGGGCAAUACCAGGGUUAUAUGACUGGCGGCGCUGGUGCAGGAACGAUUGCAGCUGCAGCUACCGCUGGCUUAAGUUGGCCUCCAGUCUCGAUCAACGGUAUACCUGCUGCCUCUAUGGCCUUUGCACCAACAUAUACACCUACUGGGUCCGUCGUUACGUUGGAAGGACCCUCUGUGACGAAAGGGGCUAGUUCUGUGAAGGGAUGGUUCAAUACGGCCGAUAAUGCUGGCGCACCGACGACUAUUCCUGGGUGCUCAUAUCCAGAUGGAUGGAAUGCGCAAGGUGCAAAUUUGCCUGCAACCCAGUGUGGUGCUGGAGGAGCUGCUUCUGCCCCUGCUGCUGCCCGAACUGUGCCGCCCGCCCAGGUCACGGAUGAUGUGACGUAGACGCUCCAUAUCACAUUCCUAUCGCCCGCUUAGCUGCAUGCUCUUCGGAAGACAUUUUAUUUGGUUGACGUUUCUAAGCAGCAGACAUUCUAUUAUUCUAUCCUACCCAUUGUCGGCGAUUUUCACUUGGACUACAUCGGCGUUAUGUACGUCCGUUUAUCUGUAAUAAGUUUCUAUUUCUUCCCCUCCCCUUACUCUUAUUAAGGAUCUGGUAAUGUUCCUUGUCCUUCAAUGUCCCAAUUUCUCAGCCGGUGACGUGACUGAGAACCUCAAGGUUCAAAGCGUACCUCAAGUGCGCGGUACUUUUAUUCGCGGUUCCUGUAGAGCAUAGGGCAUCGAUAUUCAACCUUACUAAGGUACCAUCGUUUUUGACGAGUGAACUGGG